AUUGGCCUAAAAUGCAACCAAUUGAAAUGGAACAAGAUUAUUGUUGUGAGUGGGGUUUUUUGUGGACCUAUGACGGUGUCAACAAAAAUUGGUUCUCGUAGUAUGUUGGUCAUAGAAAGGGCAUUUAGUUUACUUUGACCAAAGAAAUGAUACGGUAGUAACAGACGUGCUCAUAUUUCUUAAAUUUUGUAAAGAAAAUUACGGUGCCACUCUGACAUAGUCGAUAUUGUGAUCAUAUUUUCCGAACAACUAUUUUCGAAUCUUUCCGCAAUGAGUGACGAAGAUUUCGAUCUGUGCCAGUGCGAACACAUUACUCACCUACGGGCUAUGCAACGUCUACUUUCUCUGCUUCGGCAGUCCCAAGGUUAUUGCACGGACACGGAAUGUGUUGAUCUUGUGCGUCCAGGAGAGUUGCCGAGUGCCGAAGGGGACUCUCCCAGCGGCUUCGUGAUGCUCGCAAUGUGCUGGUUCGCCCUCGCCCUCUUCCUCUUCUUCGCCCGGCCCAGGUCCCUCCGCGCUACUGGGACAGACGACAAGCCGCGCGACAACGGACAGGGCCCACAGGGGUCGCCGCCAGCCAUCAACUGAGAGCCCGGCCGGCCGACGUCUCAUCCACCAGGCCGCGAGACCUGACGUCGGCCAGAUGCAGGGCUGCUAACCUCAGCGCUGGCGCUGACAUCCCUCGGCCCGUCUCUCAAAUGAUUUAUUCACUUGGAAAUUCUUUGUCUUCCUUGAUCACAUUUUUUGAUUGUUUUGUAUGCACCAAUCAUAGUUAUAUUAAAUGUUAGGGCUACAGAUAUAUGCUAUACCUAUAUUUUAUAGGUAUAGCAAACAAGUAGCAACAUUUUCUGCCUUGGCUUUUUACAACACAUAAGAAAUAUUUAAUGUUGAUUGUCAUUUUAAUGGGAAUAAUAUGGUUUUGUGUUAUCAGCCAUUCUUUUUAUUGCUGUAUUGUUACUACUUAUUUUAAUUUAAUGAAGCUUUGCAUGUUGGAAAUGAUUUUUUUUUAAUAUUAUCUCAUUUUUUAAUCACACGUAUGUUUAAAUUAUUGUUAUUAAACACAUCACAUUCCUGAAUAUUUGGACUGAGUGCAAUAAAUGGUGCUUAUAACUUUUCACAGGUUUUGUUGGUUUCUUAAGUGCAUGUUAUUUCCACCGUGCAGUAAUUUUAAGAGAUGUAUUUGACAACAAUAAAGUUGAACAGGCUGUAAGCAUUUAAGACGACAUGAAGUGUGCGUGAGAUUUUUAUUAGUGUAACAUUUAGUGUUUAUUGUUACUUUUAUUUUAUUUCAUACACUGUUAGUUGAGAGUUGUUUAUAUCAUAAAAACUUGCUUUGAAAAUAUGUAGUUGAAGUAAUAUGUAACCGGUUAAAUGAUACACUGCCUUGCAUAGGAAGUAAACAUGUGGGAGAAACAUUCGUAAUCUUGAUACUGGGCUGUUGUAACAUUUUGCAGUAACCCAACAUCCGAGAUCCUUCACAUUUUACUUUACCGUCAAAAUAUUACCACCAUCCAUUUAUUUCCUGUGAAAUGCAGUGAAAACUUUUUGGGCUUUAUAUAUAGUAUAUAUAUAUAUCAUUGUAAGUGUGUACUGUUGGUGUGUAUAUAUGUAUGUGUGUAUAUAUUAUAUAAAAUAAUUUAACUUUAAAUUUUGUUAAUUUUUCAAAAAUUAAUCUGUUGCAUUUAAUUUUUUUUAAAAACUGUUAAAUGUCAGUUUUUUUUAAAAACAAAUAUCACAUUUAAUUACUAAAUAGGUAUUAAUGUGGCCACUUGGUUGAGAUGCCAAAUAGUUUUCACAGCUUUUUAAAACUUGUUUUAAGGUGAAAAUUUCUAAAAGUAAGUUUUCUUUUGAGUUUUAAUUUUGAAAAAUUUUGUACACCUUAUUGUAAGUUAGUAGGAUAGGUACACACAUAUCUUAAAUAUUACAUCAUAUGGUUAAGACCCGUAGAGGCUAUGAAUCAUGUGAAGCAUGAGUCAUUCUCACCCUUAGCACCAUCAUGCAUUGAUAACUUGGGCACCCAGCCAGGCAUGGGCUGAACAGUUUACCCUGGAAACCUUCAUACAAGGUCUCCUCAAUGCUGCAGCCACAUGCCUUCAUGAUAGAUGGGAGUAGUGAAUACAUAAGUCUAAUACGCAACAUUAUACUAGUGUUUACAGUAAAUACAUUGCAAAGAAUGAUCAUAAUUAUAUGGAGACUGGAAGAAAAACAGUAAAGGAAAAUUUGUUGAUGUUGACUCUCCUGAUGUUUCUCAUAAUUGCAAUAAAUUAGCAUAAUAUUGAAAUAACAUUACUGAAAUUUUAAUCAUGAUUAAGUAUAUUAAGAGCGUUACUUAAGAAAUAUUUUCAUGAAACAUGAAAAAAAAAAAAAAUAUUUUGUAAGUGAAUUCACAACCAAUUUUUAAAUCAUUUGGACCCUUAAACGUUAAAUUUGAGUAGGAUUACUUGGCUUGUGUACUAGGUCGCAUGAAAGAUACAACUACGAGUCUCCCCUUCAGUGCAAAAAAAUACUUUAUUGAAGUGAAAUAUAUAGUUUUAUUUUGUUAGCAUUUUAUGAGUGAAAUCAUCACUGCUUCUGUAGCCUCUGAGCUAGUAGAAAUGAGCUAAAAGCUGUGCAGGAAUAUUGUUCAAUAAGCAGCACCCAGCAAGACAGUGGUUAAUUGUUUUUUGGAAUUGGGAUAAAUUUUAUUUUAGCCUUCGAAGUUACAGUAGAGCAAUGUCAGAACAAAAAGUAUUAUUUUUAUAUUCAAACAACAUAUUAGAAGUAUGUUAUAUCAUAUACUUAAAUGAUUUUUUUAUGAAUACUCCUUUACAUUUAAGUAUAAUCAUGCAAGGACUGACAAUUUGUAGGUUGUGAUAUUUCAAUCACAGUACCUAAAAAGCAGUUCUGUUCAUCUCAAAAAAAAAUUCUCGAUCUCAUCUUGGGAUUAAUUUUUGUCUCGUAAAUUUGUGAGAGUACAGUAAAAGUUUGAUUUAACAAAGUUUUUCAGGGUCAUAACUAACACCCACAUUAUAAACUAACGGCCUGACAUGUCAUAAUCCAGAUUGUUGGAUAAUAAAUUAUGUUAUGAGAGUUAUUUUUAUUAUUACCUUAAUGUCUAAACUAAAUUAAGUAAAGAGUCUUAUAUUUUUAUUCAACAAUUGAAUUCAAACUUGUCUUAAGCAGUGACUGCCCUACCAUAAGUUUAUGUCUAAACAUAGUGAAGAGAGGGAAACUUUGAUACGUAGAUGUUGGAAAAACAUUCAGCCUCAAAUGUUUUGACACACCCUGAUGUUUUACUGGUAGAAUAUAUAUAGCAACCAACUGGAUGCCCACCCAUCCUUAAGCAGUGACAGCCAGCUAAUAUUCAGCUUUUCUCACAUUUAUGUAUUUUUGUGAUCAUAUAAUAUAAGCUGCUAUUAUUUUACAGUCUGGUCUUAGGACUUAAAACUUUUUUGUCAAUUAACUUAAGGGGAGUAAAUCUCUGACAGCAGAUCACGUUUUGCCUCUGGUUCGAUAAGUAAAGGAUAAAGUUAAAGAUAAAUCCUUCUAUUCCUUGCCAUUUUAGUGUUGUUUCAGAUGUAUAGUCCUGCAGUAUUUUAGUUGCCAACUACUCCAGGAUGGCAAAACAAAAAGUUUAAUUUAUUUCAUUUGUAAGUAGGAAUCCCAAAAUGGUAUGUUUUCAAGUGGCAAAGGAAUUGUAUAUAGGCAGUCCCUCUAAGCAUCGUCGUCAUGAAUCGCGAGACAGUUUUGUGGCAGUGUGUCUUUGAAUACAAAUAAAAUAGAAGCUGGAAGCACAACAAAAUUGAAAAAUUGUUGGCUUGGUUAAGAAAAUUCAAAAUCAAGCAUCAAGUUAGAGCCAUCAAUGGUUUUAAUAUUAAAUUUGUUUACAUAGUCCAUUGGUAAAAAGUUAACAGCAAUAAGUACUAAAUUGAUAUUUCCUGCUUAUAACAUUUUUUUUUCCUUAUAUCCCUUUGAAAUACAUUAUAACAGGGUUUUACUGUUAACAAACAGAUACAAUAAACUGUUCUAAUGUGUUGGGAUGUUGAGUUUGUGAAUGUUUGAAAGUUAUAUCUCCAUUGUAAUACUAUAAAACUGUAACCUAAAGGUUGAAAGAACAAAAUAGAAGUGAAAGAGAAGGAAGAGAGUAAUACAGCUCCAUAAACCUAACCCAUGUUGGAACUAGUGGCAAAUGAUGAAUUUAACUCUGAAGGAAAUACAAAAUUUUUAAAAAUUAAAUGCAGCAAAUAUCAAUUGUGCUGUGUACGACAGAAUGCGCUCUAGUGACCGGUUACCUCAAAAAUGUUUGAAUAGAUAUUCAAAGGCUAUUUGUUGCAAAUGGUGUGUAAUAAGCUACAUAUUUAUAAAUCGGAUAUAGUAUACAUACAUACUUUUAUUUCCUCACUGAAUUUUUAUGUAGUUAGUAAUGUCAUGCUUUUUAUUUGAAUUUAUAACCAAAACUUUCUGUUAUGGACUGUGAACCAGUACAUAUGUAAUUAAGUAAUUAUGAAAUGAAGUACAGUACAUUAGUAAUUAUUUGUGAAAUGAAGUAGGUUUUACCAUUGACACCUUAAAAAGUUACUAUUAUAAAAAGAUUUGUAUAUGUUGUAAGAAUAAAGGUGUGAUAAUUGAGCUGAA